AUAUUUUAUAAUAAUUUUCAAUAGGUUGAAAGACUUGAAGCCAAAGUAGUUGAACCUUUGAAAGCUUAUGGAACCAUUGUAAAAAUGAAACGAGAUGACCUCAAAGCAACAUUAACAGCAAGGAAUCGAGAAGCUAAACAGUUAACUCAGUUAGAAAGAACACGUCAGCGAAAUCCAUCGGAUCGACAUGUUAUUUCACAGGCAGAAACUGAAUUGCAGAGAGCUACAAUGGAUGCUACCCGAACAACUCGUCAUCUGGAGGAAACUAUUGACAAUUUUGAAAAGCAGAAAAUAAAGGAUAUAAAGACUAUAUUUUCAGAAUUUAUCACUAUUGAAAUGUUAUUUCAUGGCAAAGCUUUAGAGGUCUACACUGCUGCCUACCAAAACAUACAAAAGAUUGAUGAAGAAGAAGAUUUGGAGGUUUUCCGAAAUUCUCUGUAUCCACCAGAUUAUGCAUCCCGUUUAGAUAUUGUAAGAGCAAAUUCAAAGUCACCUCUUCAAAGAUCACUCUCAGCUAAGUGUGUAUCUGGAACGGGACAGGUAUCUACCUGUCGACUAAGAAAGGAUCAACAGGCAGAAGAUGAUGAUGAAGAGGAUGAAGACUUAGAUGUUACAGAAGAAGAAAAUUAAUUUUCUUAAGUAAACUUCACCUUUCAGGUUUCAUCUUAAAUGACUUGGAAUCCAGAAUUACUACACUGUAAAACUUUAUACUGGCUUCAUACACGUUAAACCUCAAAAUGAAGUCCUACUGGAAAUGAAAAUUAAAGGAAAUUUGUGCUGACCAAAAAUGAAGGUUUUAAAAAAUAUUACACACCAGUCAUUUCAACAUCCUAUCCAACAGUAUGUGAUUUUUGUAUAGGUUACAUUUAAAAAAAAAUUAUGUAUUUCAAAAGUAUUUCCUAUUAAUGUACUAUACAUAGUUGUGGUUGCAGUAUAAGUAGAUGACAAAAAAACAAGAGAUCUAACAAUU